AUGGCCGCCAUGCGUGGAGCGCGCGUUCCCGUCGGUUCGGCGACGUGGAUCGCAGGCGAGCGAUCCUCUGCGGAAGAUAUUGUCAAGACUGAGACUGAAGAGUUCUCCUACUCCGUCCGUAACGAGUUCGACUGGUUGAACGAGCACAUGGCCGACGUCUUCAAUGAAAAUGCCAUUAACGUUGCCGAAAUGUUCAAGACGCCCGGAAAGCUUCGGGGCAAAACGCCUCGAACAGCGAGAAAAGUCAUCACAGGAGAACCUCGCGUUCCUCUCUCAGAUAUCUUCUCCUCCGCGUCGAAAGGAGUGCCGACACCGUUCACACAGCAGCUAGGUCGCCUGCAGUCGCCGAGGUUACAGGCUUCAAGCUCCAGGUCGCCGCUCGCCAACAAGAUCGCGUCCCCCUUGAGACCUCUACCGUCGAUGCGGCCUCAACCUACGAAGAAUGCAGCACUUCCAGCGGACUCUGGCUAUUAUGGAAGCCAGUCUCAGGACGUGGUGGAUGUUGACCAUCAUGUUUACGCGACGCAGUCUACACAACCUUUCAGCCCUGUUCGAGAAGCCGACACAAACGAAGACGUCGCGUUCCACGUCGAUGAACCCUCGACACACGAAAGCCCGACCGUCACCAAGACGAUGCAAUCGCCCACCAUGACAUUCCAGACAGCACGCGAGGAGCAAACGACCCGAGUGCUCAAGGAUGUCACGCAAAAGAUGGCCUCGCCCGUUCCCAAUCCUUCCCCAGUACGAAGCCCGGCGAAACAGACAUCGACAUAUCCCAUCAUCUCGCCCCCCUCUCGUUUUGCGCACUCCUCAUCUCCCAAGAAAUCCUCGCCGCUCAAGACCUCGCCUGCCAAACACUUUGAUGAGCCCAUGUCGGACGCUCCAUCAGAAGACCACAGCCCUCUUGCGGACGAAGCACAGUCGCCUUCCGAGGGCUCAAGCCCCAUUCGCCCCGUUGUUCGCAAGAGCAGCCUCAACUUUGCUUCUCUGCCUGCUAGAGAGCCUUUGACUCACAAGAAGAGCCUAGGGGCGCGCCAGUCAAGACCCAGCCAUGAUAGUCGGCAGAGCUAUCUUGGCAGGCAUACUGGUGGGAAGAGCCUCAGCAACGUUGAUAUUUUGAGCUCUACCGAUGAUGAAGACGAUUACCAGGACGGCAUGGAGCUUGACGGCAUUGUUGCUGGCGCGCACAAAACAGCCAAUGAUGAGGUAUUCGCUGAUGAUCACAACAAGGUCUACACUCAGAGGCUGCAAGACCAGAUCAGCCUCCUUGGAAAGUCGCAACCGAACGCCAGCAGGCCCUCAAAGUCCAUCCCUAGUUCCGCGGUUCUUCAAGCAGCCGCUGCUGUUGCAUCAGUGCCAGAAGCUAAGGAGAAGACUCCAGAGAAGUCCCCGGCCAAAACACCAUCAAAAUCGUCGCCCAAGAAACCAGCUGCGCCCCCUACUCCGGGAGCUUUCCCUGACGAUGACGAGGAGGAGGAGGAAGAGUGGAUUGCUCCUCCACCAGUCCCGGAGAAGGAUCAUAUUGAAUCCAGUCCUCGUCCUGCGCUUCCAAAAAGUUACACGGCGGACAUUAUGGAGGGCAUUCACGGAAUUGACACGGUUAGCGGCGCAGAGUUUGUUCUGCCCAAGCAGCGGCAAGCUGGCAGUCGCUCGACCUCUCCUCAGCGUGGCCCAGCGGUGCCUGAGCGAACAACCAGCACGUUGGGACACACUAAGUCUGCGUCGGUAUCGGUACUGCCCGGGCUCGGCACGGCCUCUAGACCAGCAGGCAUCAACUCGCCUCUGAAGGCGAUUUCCGUUUCCAACCCAGCUCUCAUGUCCGUAUCGGAGACUGGACGUCCUCAAACACCCCAGUCUCCAUCACGCAGCUUCCGCGACAGCCCGCUGAAACAGGUUAAGAACAAGCUUUCUUCGAUCAUCAAGAGUUCCAGAGGGCUUCUGGCAAGCAGUGCCGCUAUCAGCGCCGAGGGCAAGUCCAUGCUGUCGCCAUCGUCAACCAGGCUUGGCUUCCAUGCAGGCCCCUCAACCAGCUCUCUUGCGACGUUGGCCACUACUGCUGACUCGUUGUAUCCCGACCUAUCCCAGCGCGCCACAAAUGAUGCUCCUGUUGUUUCCAGCUCUGGAAGCCCCACGCGCCCGGUCGCAAAGCGAACGAGGUCCUCCACCGAAAGGGAAAAGGAAGAGAAACGCAAGGAAAAGGAAACACAGAAGGAAGCCCGCGUCAUGAACGAGCAGAUGGACAAAUUGGAGAAGGCUCGCGAAAAGGAGCGCGAGAAGGCUCUCGAUGCGCCCCCAUCCGUUCCCAGAUCAGCUGAGCAGCCAGGCAAGCCGUGCGAAGAGAAGCACUCACAAUAUCAUCCAUCCAACUCGUCCCUCUCAUCCAACUUGCACGACACCCUCGGCACCAGUCAGCCUCAACUCAAGAGCAAGGCCAGCUCGGCUUCGCUCCAGCAAAAGCCCUCUCUCUCCAGCCUCAGAGGCUCUACAGCCGGAAGGCCCAAGGCCCUGGAGCUUGCUGCGAAGCGAAAGGAGGUUGAGGAGAAGGAGGCUCAGCGCAAGAGAGAUGCCAAGGCGGAGAUUGAACGCAAGAGGGCGGCGUUGCAAGAAGAGGAGCGUAAGCAGGAACAGCAGAAGCGGCUCGAGGCUGAGAAGCAGAAAGCCAAGGAACGAGAGCAGGCUGCAUCGCAGGCGGAGGCGAAGAAGAACGCCGCACGUCAAGCCGCUAUUGAGCGGGCCAAGCAGACUCGAGCGCCACCUCCCGCUGUGCGAGCUCAGCCUACCGGGCCUCCGGACUACAAUACUGGUUCGGACAAGGCGGCGGCGAGCAACCAGCCCCCCCGCCCUGUAUCACGUAUGAACACUGCCAGUCAACGACCUCAAGAGGAUCUUGGCCGUCCUGUGUCAGCAGUUUUGAACCAGGGUGCCAAGGCACCGCCUAAGCGACCUUUGCAGCAGGAGACCAACGACGGUGCAUCCCGCCACCCGCAAGCCAGGAACGGACCGAGCUACCAGGCCAAGGAUGCCAAGCGCCGACGGACCAGCGACGAUUUCUUUGACGAGCUGGACAUGGACAGCCAGCCCCCUAACAUCAAGGGCCCGCCUUUUUCCCAAGGGGGCGAUUCCCUUUUGCGCCCAACCCCAAACCCGGCCGGACCGUCCCACAAGACGCCGGCCCGGCCGCAGGGCGCUGCCGGUGCGAAAUCAGCCGCCAAGUCGGCGACUCGGUCCUCGCCGCGGUUCCAGAACGGCGAGUCGAUUGAGCUGCCAGAGAUCGACACAGAUGACGAGGACGAGGAGGAAGACGACGCGAACUUUGGCGCUGCUGCGUGGGUCGACUCGCCGGAGCUGCGCAGGGCUCUGACCCGCCAGGAGACUAUGGACCCCUCGCAGAUCUUUGGGCCACCAGUGCCGCUCGUGAUGGAGGAGGUGUUCAGCAAGAGCAAGGACCGUUGGCACAAGUUCAGGGCGCGCACGUCGAGCGCCAACUGGAGCGGCACAGACCGUCUGACGGAAGACGAGAUCAGGAAGGACCUCGUGGCCCGCGACAGGAUGCGCAAGGACGGAGCCUGGACGUUUGAGAUGAGCAAAGACCUGGCAUAG